UUCACCAUCUUCAUCAUGGUUUUGGUAGCGAGUCGGGGGCUUCUCUGUUGCGGGAGGUGGCGAGUGGCGGGGGUCUGGAUGCGUAAUAAAAGCUUACAAGUUCACUCCACCAACCGCGAGUGCUGUUUUGGGACACCAGUGAGUGGACGAACAGCUGCAAUUCCGAACCUUCUCUGUCCAAUACGAGGAUUUUCCGCGUUCCAGCGUAAGCAUAAUUUGUUGAAGAAAUCAACCGCUGUCCUUCCUGUUGACGCAUUUUAUCCGAUUUUGAAACAACGCAUCAGCAUGACGACCCCGGCUCCAACUACGAAUGGAUCACUCUGCCGACAAAACUACCAUGAAGAGUGCGAAGGUCACAUCAAUCGCCAGAUAAAUAUGGAAAUGUAUGCGAGUUAUGUGUACAUGUCGAUGGCCUACUAUUUCGACCGAGACGAUGUUGCUUUCCCCGGUCUGCACAAGUACUUUAAGAAAGCCUCUGAUGAAGAACGUGAGCACGCUGAAAAGUUGAUGAAGUACCAGAAUGACCGUGGGGGUCGCAUCAUGCUGCAGCCCAUCGCGAAGCCAUCGAACGAUGAAUGGAGCUCUCCUUUGGAGGCCAUGACUGCAGCUCUUGAACUUGAGAAGAGCGUUAAUGCAAACUUGUUGAAGAUUCAUGGCGUCGCUGGUGGAAAUGUUGAUCCUCAUCUUUGCGACUUUUUGGAGACUCACUUCCUGGACGAACAGGUCAAGUCAAUGAAAGAACUCUCCGACUUCAUCGUUCAACUGAAACGUUGUGGAACAGGUCUUGGAGAAUUUAUCUUCGAUCAGGAAAUCGGAGACAAAUAAGCAAAAAAAUUUCGUCAAACUACUUUAUUUCUCACUAUAUGAUAAUUUUCACAACGUGAUUUUCCACAACCAGUAUAAUUUGUAAGCGAACGUAUAUUGAAAUAUUAUGUAUUAAACCUACCCAAAAUACAAGCGUAUCUAUCACCACGGAACAAACAUCCUUUAUCCCUUCUUAAAUAUGAUUUGACGAAGCGAAGAAAAGGUAUACAGUUCGACUUCAUAUUUUAGUCUAAUCAUACACAUUUUUCAAUGAAUAAAAUAAUACAAUCAUUAUCCACCCCACAUAAUAGAUGAUGAUGGGGUUCUGAAAUACAGUGAGUAAAUGUAAUCACUUACACGUCGUACUCUUCUUUAUAUAUAAAAAAAUACUUGCAGCAAAUUGAAAUAAACUUGAAUUCUUACUUAUACACAGUUGACAAACAAA